AUGACUAGGGAUACUAUUCUCUGCGGUGAUUUCAAUGCUUGGUUGGGUCCUCUGACUGGUGAUGCUAUCUCCAAUGCUCGUGGUAAUGCUCUCAAACCUUGGUUUGACGAACAUUGCUUAUCUGUGCUUAAUGCGUCUUUGGCUUUUGGUGUCAAGACUUACUCUUCUUUUCGGCAGCAGCAAGAAUUGAGUAGUAUUAUCGAUUUGUUUCUGACAAAUAUUGGUGAUGUUGCUUUGGUGAACCCUCAACUGGUGGUUGAGUCUGAUCUGUCUCUUGGUUCUGACCAUCGAUUGAUGUCACUUACUUUCGGGUAUGUGCCACCUCUCGAUGACACUGUGGCUCCUGGUGAUUCUGUUCUGGCUCCUCGGCGGCAAUGGAAGCUCUCGAAAUUGACGAAAGAGAGGCCUUUGGGCCUACUCCGUGAAUCCUUUCGAUCUUCUGUUGCUCCUCUGGCACUACGGCCCAACUGA